AUGGCCGAGUUACUACCAACUGGCAAUGGAGCCUACUCGCAGGAUUUCUUCCUAUCCCUUGUCAGUUCGUUGGCCGCCCGCCAGCAAACAGCUUCACCUAUCUCUGGAUCAGCUGAAUCUCGAGCCGAUGGUUCAAUGUCUCCAGAUGAUACCUCAUCCGUCGUCUCGAACCCUGCUUCUGAUGGUGGUAGCAUAAGCGCUAAAAGAAAAAGAAAGCCUGACGCUAAAGAUAUAGUUCGAUUGGUUAAUAACGUUGGUGAAGAAACUGUUGCGAAGAAGAUUAAGAGUACUGAAGAAGAUCAAAUUAUGAGUUCUGUGGAUGAUGAAACUUCAGCUUCCGAUGAACAGCCUCAUUCACCAUCACCUACAUUGGCUGAAGAAUAUCCAAUUAAAUCUGUUGGUCUUGGAUUCGGCAUUGAAGAGCUUGUACGUUCAGCUUCCGAACAUGAUGAAGCUGACAAGAAAGAUGAAGACGACGAUGAAAACAAAUUGAAAACUCCAGAUUCAGAAGUAAACAGCCCGUCAGCACCUCUAUUUAAUGCUACUGCUCUUUUAUCUAAUUUACUCACAAAAACAGCUUCAAUGGUCGGCAAUAAUAUGACGAAUACGUCAACAGCAGCUAACUCUGAAGCGAGUACACCUCAAUUGGGAAAGAUGUCCCCUCAGACCAGCACAAGUCCAAUGGGAACGCCAAGUAUGCCGUCACCUACAGUCAAUUGGUCUGGUAAGAGAGAAGGAAAGUUAGCUUGUCCCACACCUGGAUGUGAUGGAUCUGGUCAUCAAACAGGACUAUACACUCACCACCGAAGUUUAUCUGGAUGUCCACGACGUCCUGAUAAAACUACAAUUCACAUGUUGUCGCUGCAACAAGAUACGGUAUUGAGAUGUACAACUCCUGGAUGCGUUGGUAAAGGACAUGUUAAUAGUAACAGAACUUCACAUCGCAGUCUAUCAGGAUGUCCUAUUGCUUAUCAGCAGAAGUUAGCACGUAAAGGAUUGAAGGCUCCACCACCGAGAGCUCGAUCGCCACCACAGUCGAUGGUUCGCUCAACUGAUGAAAAUCAAUUGGAUUUGACAUUACGUAGUAUAGAACAGUUCCAAAACCAUGUGCCUCUAGCCGCUACCACCAAUAAUAUUAUGUCCAAUCAAAGUAUGAUGGAGGCAUUGGUGAAGUUAACACAAUCGGCUGCUGUAGCUUCAUCUCAGCAUAAUUUACUAGAUGAAAAGGAAGAAAAGCACAAGCUUGAACUUAAAAGUCCAGUGUCCGCCGAUGCUCCUUCACCGACCAAAGAAAUACAUUCCGCGUCAGCUGCUGCGCUAUCGGCCACACUCGGAUUUCCAGACUCUCUGUUACCAGCUUUACCGCCAAUUCUAACAUCAAGUACGGAAGCGAUUUUAUCUCCUUCUAAGGGGGCUGCUGCAAGUAUCCCAAAUCUACCUACAUAUCCAGCUAUGUUAAAUCAGCAAAUGCUGGCUCAGCUUUUCUUGGCUCAAUUGCAGCAGAAAGGUGCUUUCUGUUAG